AUGCGUUUUGAUACAUUGACACUUUUUGGUCAUAGUAUGGGUGCUCAUGUGGCUGGAUUUGCUGGAAAGAACGUGAAACGUGGGAAAAUUCAUGCCAUUUUUGGAAUGGAUCCUGCUCUGCCACUGUUUCCCUACAAUGACCCAACACGUCGAUUGGCUGCAACUGAUGCUGAAUAUGUGGAAUCAAUUCAUACAAAUGGUGGAGAUUGGGGUUUCUAUCAACCAAUUGGACAAACUGCCUUCUAUCCGAAUGGAGGAAAAUAUCAACCUGGAUGCGAAAAUGAUUCAAAUCAGUUUUGUUCUCAUAUUAGAGCUGGGUUAUUUAUGAUCGAAGCUAUUAAUUCUUUGGGGACAAAUGAUUUUCUUGCGGUUAAGUGUGAACGGUUUGAGGAUGUCGAGGAAGGCAAGUGUGAUCAGUAUGAAACAGUGAUAAGGAUGGGUGAUCCUGGUAACGCUCAUAAACCAAGGGGGAUAUAUUAUUUGAAAACAAAUAGUUACUCGCCAUAUGCAAGAGGAAUGGUGGAUAUUUCUGCAAAAAAUCAACAAAUAAAAAAACAUACUCCCAGCUGAUUUAUACACGUCUUUAUUUUAUAUUCUUCUUUUAUUCAGCUCUGAUUUUGAUCUCGAUGUUGACGGGAUUAUAACUCUUCCACAUAUCUUUUUCAAACUAGUGUUCCCCAUGGUAUGGUUCAAUAGGUUUGAGG